UGUUCACGAUGAAGCAUCAUCACUUGCAAGCUGAUUCAAGAUUUUAAGCAUCGAGCCAGAUUCAGUCUUCAGCUACGAAGGCCAGCCAGCCUGCUGCAUGUCACUGGCUGUGUGGUCUCUUUGCAGGAGGUCGAGCAGCGAAUUCAGACGUCGACACAACAGCCACGACACCAGAUAGCUACACUGCUGCUUGGCCCUCAAAGCUUCUGCCAUGGAUUUUAUCCAUGCUACACUCUGCUCUUGCCUGCCAUCGCUCUCUCUACCUACUGCACUGACUCCCAACAUCAAGCUCAAUAAUCGCUCCCUCAAAACCUUGCGUCUACUAGGCGAAGGCGGUUUCUCCUACGUCUACCUCGUGCAAGAUCAACAAGGCCACCUGUAUGCACUCAAAAAGAUCCGUUGCCCCUUUGGCCAAGAAUCCGUUCAGCUUGCCAUGCGCGAAGUCAAGGCGUAUAGCCAUUUCAAGCAUCGCAGCGUGAUUGCUGCGGUAGACCAUGCGAUUGUACAAGAGGCUGAUGCCAAAAUUGUUUACAUUCUGCUGCCGUACUAUAAGCUUGGUAACCUGCAAGAUGCCAUCAAUGACAAGCACAUCAAGCAGGAGCGUUUCUCCGAAUCAGAGGUGCUGUCCAUGCUCGCUGGGAUCUGUCUGGCUUUACGUCAAUUGCAUGAGCACCGGCCUGCGAUAGAUGCCCGGCAAUCUAUAGAUGAAGUCAGAGAACCCCUCAUGAAUGAAGAUGCAACAGCCAUUCAACAAGAGCAAACACGCGACGGUGGUAUCUUGCCGUAUGCGCACUAUGAUCUGAAGCCAGCGAACGUUAUGCUUGCUGAUGAUGGAACGCCUGUCCUCAUGGAUCUUGGCAGCUUGAAGCCUGCACGCAGACACAUCACCACACGAACAGAGGCUCUGCAAGUACAAGAUGCAGCAGCAGAGCACUCAACCAUGCCAUAUAGAGCACCAGAGCUCUUUGAUACCAAGACAGGCAUGCAUCUUGAUGAAAGAGUGGAUAUUUGGUCACUUGGAUGUCUAAUCUAUGCGCUCCUCUUCCUCCAUUCACCUUUCGAAACGCCACAAACGGAACAAGGCAGUAUGAGCCUGGCAGUCUUGAAUGGUGCAUACAAGAUCCCUCCUGGUCAUCCAUACAGCCAGCAGCUCAUCGGGCUUGUACAGAGCUGUUUGCAACCACUUGCAAAGGAUCGACCAUCGGCCAAAGAAUUGGAGGAGCGUGUACGAGCACUCAUGUAGAGGUUGGGCAGAGCAGUUUCUAAAUAUUCGAUCGACGAUAUGCAAUGCCGAGAGAGGCUAGGACAGCAAUUCAAGCUUGGUUCUCCGAUGAGGCAACUUGACUAAUCAAAAAGGAGAGAUCAAGGCAAUCAUAUUCCGGAUUUUCAGAGUCUCACCUACCCCCAAUGUCAAUUGAGCUGCCCACUGCAAAUUGACUGGUGCUUUGGUACUGGAACAUGGCAAUAUGCAAGGAUUGCUCUAGACAGCCUUCGCCUAACAUGGCAGGCAGGCAGUAGCUUUAUCGCAGAGCAACAAAUGGAAAAGUGUUGUAGAUUCGGCAGCUCACCUGGGCAAGUAGUAGAACGAAUUCAGAUGGGGUGAAACAUUGAAAAUGGUGCUUUUGGUUGACUAGAAAGCUAGACUUUAAGCGUCGAUACCCUUGGUUGUGUAUCGGAGGU